AAAAUACAAGAAUUACAUGAACAGGUUUCAGGACGCUCUCUGUGGCAUUCGGUACACGCCAUGUUCCUGCUUACCUGACUACCUUGAACACCACAGAUAUGUCUGCUGCCAGCUGUCUGCUAUCUGAAGAUCCAUUUCUGUGCUCCAUCUGUCUGGAUGUGUUCACUGAUCCAGUCACCACACCAUGUGGACAUAACUUCUGCAAAAACUGCAUCAAUGAACACUGGAACAGUAAUGUCCAGUACCUGUGUCCAAUGUGUAAAGAAAUGUUCAACACAAGACCUGACAUGAAGGUCAACACUUUCAUCUCUGAGAUGGUUUCUCAGUUCAGACAGGAAGCUCAACAGAACGCCAGCAGCAGCAGCUCAGAGCAACAAGCUGCCAAACCAGGAGAAGUUCCCAGUGACGUCUGUACUGGAACCAAACUGAAGGCCCUGAAGUCCUGUCUGGUUCUUCUGGUGUUUCUGGUGAUUCCGGUGUGUCUGGCCUUCAUCUACGUUCGAACUCAGCUGAUGGACCCUGUGGAGAACCUGGAAGACAGGAUGUGUACGAAGCACAAUAAACCUCUGGAGCUGUUCUGUAAGACCGACCAGACAUUUGUCUGCGUGUUCUGCUCUAUUUUAGACCACAAGACACAUGAUGUUGUUCCCCUGAAAGAAGAAUAUGAAAGACAGAAGGCAGAGCUGGGGAAGACAGAGGCUGAAAUUCAGAAGAUGAUCCAGAAGAGACGACUGAAGAUUGAAGAGAUCAAACACUCAGUUGACCUCAGUAAGGAAGCUGCAGACAGAGAGAAAGCAGAAGGUGUUCAGAUCUUCACCGCUCUGAAGGAGUCUGUUGAGAGAAGCCUGAAUGAGCUCAUUGAGACGAUUGAAGAGAAGCAAAGAACAACAGAGAAACAGGCUGAAGACUUCAUCAAAGAGAUGGAACAGGAAAUCUCUGAGCUGAAGAAGAGAAGCUCUGAGGUGGAGAAGCUCUCACACUCUGCAGACCACCUCCACUUCCUCCAAAACUUCCUGUCCCUGAAAGCUGCUCCACCCACCAAAGACUGGACAGAGGUCAGCGUCCGUCCAUCAUAUGAGGGGACUGUGGUGAAAGCUGUGGCUCAGCUGGAGGAGAAGCUCAGUAAACAGAUGAAGAAGCUGUUUGAGGCUGAGCUGAAGAGGGUCCAGCAGUAUGCAGUGGAUGUGACUCUUGAUCCUGAUACAGCACAUCCUGUACUCAUCCUGUCUGAUGAUGGGAAACAAGUAUAUGAUAGUGAUGUGUGGAAGAAUCUCCCAAACAACCCAGAAAGAUUUUCUUCAUAUAUUUUUGUUUUAGGAAAGCAGAGUUUCUCUUCAGGUAGAUUUUACUUUGAGGUUCAGGUUAAAGAGAAGACUGGCUGGACUUUAGGAGUGGCCAGAGAGUCGUUCAACAGGAAGGGAGAAAUCACACUGAGUCCUGAAGAUGGUUUCUGGACAACAGGGUUGACAGGAAAUUACGUUUUUUCUCCAGUCCGUCUCUCUCUGAAGUCUCGUCCUCAGAAGGUGGGGGUGUUUGUGGAUUAUGAGGAGGGUCUGAUCUCCUUUUAUGACGUAGAUGCUGCAGCUCUUAUCUACUCCUUUACUGGCUGCUCCUUCACUGAGAAACUCUACCCAAUCUUCAGUCCCCAUUUAAAUGAUGGUGGUAAAAACUCCGCCCCUCUGAUCAUCUCUCCUGUCAAUCAAACUGCCUGA